AAUUAUUCCAGCUUGGCACAGAAACAUGAACCUAACUGAGUAUUUAGACGCUUUCUCGGUUGUUCGGACUCAGUCAUGUCGAACAACUGCGCUGUCAACAGCAGUCUAGUCAUCGCCCAGAAGGCGGUGAAGCAGCUGCGUCUGGAGGCCGGCGUCCGUCGGAUCAAGGUUUCUCAGGCCGCUGCAGAACUGAAGACCUUCUGCCUGCAAAAUGCCCACAAGGACCCUCUCCUAACCGGGGUGCCCUCCGGCGAUAACCCAUUCAGGCCCCCCAAGUCAUGUGUCCUCUUCUGACGCGGACGGGGAAGAGUGCCAAACAUUCAAACGGAUGCCUGAUUCCAACGUGGAUUCCUGUCAUGUGCCCUUCUGUCUCUGAAGAGGAGGAAGCCAAGACCACACACACACACACACACACACUGGAUUAGCUACACAAUGAUGCUGAACAUUUGAGUGAAUACAGUGUGCUUAUAGUGAUAGGGUGUUGUUUUAUAUUGCUCUUUCAGGGUUCAGUGAUUUAUGGUUUCGGUUUACACACUAGGAGUAAUGCCAAUUCUGUUUUGGGGAGCCACGCCCAACUUUGCACCACUUGUAGAACAUGUGAUUUUACUUUUUUCAUUAGCUGUUAUUGGAUGUAAAUGAUAAGAAAAUCCAAUGAAAGCCACAUUCUUUUUGGAUUUAUUUAUUACUAUUUAUGAAAAACACACCAAAACAAGUAUAAAAAUAUUGCAAAAAAAGGGAUUAUAAUACCAACAGAAAGCACAAGGAGGUCAUAGUUCACAAGGAUUACAUUGACUAUUAGAGGUUUUACUGUUAUAUACACCAUUAAAAGUCACCAUUUGUUGUUUUAAGUCAUCUGUCUGUGACGUCGUAUCUUGCACACAUUUUGCAUCUCAGUUUUAACCAAAUACCAACAAUUUGAAAGGUUUUUCUGUUAAAAUAAAAUCAUAGGAAUCAUG